AACCCUGAACUCUACUCUCCCCCUCCCUCAUCUCUGCUUUUCUUCCACCGGCCGCCGGCUAUUCACUCAGCCACUUCUCAACCGUCAGUCCCGCUGCGCCACCCCUCAUUCUUGAAGUCCAGCCGCGCCGCCGUUUGUUGUGAACCACCGCGUCACGAGUCCGGCCACCCCUUUUGGCGAGUCCGAUCAGGGUAAAAUUCCUGCCAAAUCCGACCUAUUUGGGCGGACAAUUUUUUUAGCCAAAAAGAAGGUUGUCUUUGCAGCUAUAUUCUCUUUUUGGAUUUCCUCGUCCACAGUCUCUCAUACGUUAUUCUUGGUUCUCUUAGCAUUUGAAAAAUUAAUGUCCAAAAAGAGAGCUGCAAUUCUUGCCAGACGCUCCGUAAUAGCACUAUGCAAUGCACGAUCUUCAUGUAGCUCCUAUGUCUCAAACAAACCCCUCAAUCUAUUAAGAAAUUUAAGCAUUUCUUCUGAAAGGGAAGAAUAUCAGAAUGAUAAUGGAUAUCAUGCAGAUAAUUCUUCGCAGAGUUACCAAAGCCAUGGUGGGUUUAACUGUGACAACCAAAAUCCUGGAUACUAUCAGCAUCAUGCCCAAAGCGCUAGUUUGAAAAGUUCUUCUAGGCCCUAUCAAGAAAAUUUAGAUGGGUUUUAUACAGAGGACUUGACGCGAGGUCAGCACAGACCAUCUACUAGCUCAGUUUAUGGGCAAGCGCCUGGGAGUGGUUUUACAAAUACUUCUCCUAUGCAUGAAAAUGCUAGUAGAUCUUGUCUGCCUACCACUUCUUAUGGCUUUAACCAGAACCAUUAUGAGGCAUUUAGAGAAACCUAUGAAAAUACUCAUAAUGCCAACCUAGUGGCUCAUAAUGGUAAUUUUAUUCAUCAUGGCCUUAAUAAAGGAAUGAUGGCUCAAGAUCUUAAAAGUUACAAUGCAGAUAGUCAGAUAAGUUAUAAUGAGGUUCGUGGAGAUGAUAGGUCAUUGUCUCAGAAUGUUCUACUUGAGCAUAGAGAAAAUUUAACUGCUUAUAGUGGGUUUAACAAUGGAGUACCACGGGAGAAUGGUAAUGGGGUUUAUGGACAGAGCUCAUGGGGCACAUCGAUGGAAUCCAGACAAUAUAAACAUGUUACUGGCCUGAAUUACCAUAAUCCUACGUCUGGACCAAAUAAUCAGAUUCCCAUUUCAGGGCAUUGUGAGCAAAACUCUAUUUCUCAGCAAUAUCUGCAGCAACAAUGUCAACAAGGUGCCACUGUUGAACAAUAUCAGCCUAGCCCGAAUACUAUUCAGAGUAGCAUGAUGGAUACUCAGCUAGUAAACAACAUAAAUGCUGACAAGGAAACUGGAGUGACCAAGGAUCACCAAAAUGGUGAUACCAUUGAGGAGCUUGAUGAAUUCUGCAAGGAAGGGAAAUUGAAGGAGGCUGUGCAAGUUCUGGAAGCGUUAGAGAAACAACAUAUUCUUGUUGAUUUACCCCGGUAUUUACAGUUGAUGAAUGCAUGUGCAGAAGCAAGGUCCCUAGAAGAAGCCAAAGUUGUUUGUGAUUACAUAAGUAGAUCUCACUCCCCUCUAAAAGUUAGCACUUAUAACAAAAUUCUUGAGAUGUACUCUAAAUGUGGUUCCAUGGGUGAUGCCUAUACGAUAUUCAACAACAUGCCUAACCGCAACCUAACAUCUUGGGAUACUAUGAUUACAUGGCUUGCUAAGAACGGCCUAGGGGAAGAUGCCAUCGACCUGUUUUAUGAGUUCAAAAAAGCUGGGUUGAAACCUGAUGGAAAAAUGUUUAUUGGACUUUUCUCUGCAUGUAGUGUCUUGGGAGAUAUUGACGAGGGAAUGCUGCACUUAGAAUCAAUGACAAAAAAUUAUGGCAUUAUUCCAUCAAUGCAUCAUUACGUUAGUAUAGUAGAUAUGCUUGGAAGUGUAGGAUAUGUAGAUGAAGCUUUGGAGUUCAUUGAGAAGAUGCCAUUGGAGCCAGGUGUAGAAAUUUGGGAAAUGAUGAUGAAUAUCUCUAGAGCUCAUGGAUUUAUGGAGCUUGGGGAUCGUUGCUUUGAGCUUGUUGAGCAACUUGAUCCCUCUCGCUUAAAUGAGGAGUCAAAAGCUGGCCUCCUACCUGUAAGAGCUUCAGACCUUGCAAAAGAGAGAGAGAAAAAAAAGUUAGCUAACCAGAAUCUUUUAGAAGUUAGGAGCCGAGUACAUGAAUAUCGAGCUGGAGAUACUUCUCAUCCUGAGAAUGAUAAGAUCUAUACCUUACUUAGGGGUUUGAGGGAACAGAUGAAAGAGGCUGGUUAUAUUCCAGAGACUCGAUUUGUACUCCAUGAUAUUGAUCAAGAAGGCAAGAAUGAUGCUUUACUUGCUCAUAGUGAGAGACUUGCUGUUGCAUAUGGUCUAAUCAGUAGCUCCGCCCGUGCACCCAUAAGAGUAAUUAAGAACCUUCGUGUUUGUGGUGAUUGCCAUAAUGCGCUUAAGAUCAUUUCAAAAAUUGUGGGUCGAGAACUCAUCAUGCGUGAUGCUAAGAGAUUUCACCAUUUUAAAGAUGGAUUAUGCUCCUGCCGUGAUUACUGGUGAAGAAAAUGAAAAUAGAGCUUCGUUACUAGGCUCGAAAGGGCAUUGAGGUUGCAUGCUGGGAGAAUCAGUAAAGUGAGAUGAACAGAACGACCAGACUCGCGGGCAAAGUUGGGGAAGUCCAUCCUUCUCUUGGAGAACACGAGUGGUUUAAGAACGUGUGAAACAAACCAUUGAUGGAAUAGUCUUGGAUCAGAUCAAAGCUAUAACGUAUUCUUUCUGAAAUGCACCUACUAUUACUUAACAUAUGUAUUUCCUCAUUUUGUAAUAACUAUUAACAAUAUCUCCAAUUUUGAUGUGCAAAAUUGAACCAAGCCAGCAGUCCAAACUAGACAAAGUUGAACUUACGAUUUGUAUUUUAUUUUCCCAAUUUUUGAUCUGAUAGGUUCAAUUAUAUUUA